UUGGUUAUAAAUACUCUUGUAGACCAAAUAUUAUUUUGUAAAUAUGAAGCUUUAAAACCUUCCAAUCAUGUUGUAGAUUAAAUGACAUUAAUUACUGCAUAACAGUGAUAUGCCAUGUUAACUAGGUUCAAAUCUGAGAAUCACUUUUCUCCAAGAUUGAAACAAAAAAGCAGUUAUUAUGAAAUGAAUUUUGGAACAUUGAGCUCUGUACUGAGAUUUAUUGAAGAACUUCUCAUUUGUGCACUCAAAGCUCACACUGGUGGUGUCAUGGAAAGAAGAUUAAGGAGAAGUGCUUCUGCUGCAAGAUUAUACAUGGACUACAACAAGCCCUAUCUACAAGUAAGCAGCAAGCAGCAAAGAGCCUUCCCCACAAGCUAUUUCCGCGUCGAAUCGGUUCCGGUACUUCUCUUCCUCACAGCUUCCCUGCUGCUGCUUCCAUUGGUUCUGCCCCCAUUGCCCCCUCCACCUUUCUUAUUACUGCUGCUUCCUAUGGGAAUGCUUCUUCUGCUCAUGAUCUUGGCAUUUAUGCCCUCCGAUGUUCGCGAAGUCGCUUCUUCCUACUUGUAAUGAGUAUAGUAAAUUUUGGAUUGAGAUAUAUAUAGAGAGAGAGAGUCUGGCUACUAAACUCUUCUGUGUAUAGAUCCUUUUGUAUUCAUAAGUUUUCGGCCGUUAGAUGUACCGUUUUGACCAUUUUCAUCCAUUGGAUGAUGCUAUUCAACUAACCACCCCUCAACUCUAGAGGGCCAUUAUUAUUCUAACCGCACAUUUCUUUAUCCAACGGCCAAAAAUUGAUGAGUACAAAAGAAUCUAUACUCAUAAGAAUAUAGUAGUCCUAGACUAUAUAUAUAUAUAUAUAUAUAUAUAUAUAUAUAUAUAUUGUGAAAUGUUUCUGUUUUGUACAUAGGAAUACUUGUUAUGCUUAUGUUCUUGGCAUUUAUGCCCUCCGAAUGUUCGCGAAGCCGCUUCCUCCUACUUGUAAAGAGAUUAGUAAAUUUUGGAUUGAGGCAUAUAUUGUGUGAAAUGGUCCUGUUUUGCUGUACUAAAUGAAUGGAUAUGCCAAAUUUUCCUAUUAUUAAUCGAGUUUUUUGUGCAAA